UAUAUACACUCACUCUAGAUUAAUGUAAAAUUUUGAACUAUAAAACCAUUUAAGACUUUUUUUAAGGUAAGAUUUAGGAAGUGAAGGUCUUAAAUUGUCGAGGGUUUGACUCAGUUGACAACACAAUUGAGCUUGUAGGAGAGGAUUUAGUUUGAUUCCCACAAAAAACACUAUUGCGGAGGGGAGAGGAUUUUAAGUAUAAUUAUGCCCAAUCCAAACAUCCAAUUUACUUUAAGUGUGUGUUUGAAUAAGGGUCACAAAAUUGAUUUUUGGUAAAAUUGAUUUUGAAGUAAUGUUAUUUAUGUUUGAAAGAUUUUAUUAUAAAAGCUAAAAAGUAGUAAAACUGAUAGCGUGUUUGUUUAUGCGUCUUUUAUGCAUGUCUUAUUGCAAUUUAACGUCAAAUGGGUGAGCAAUACACGGAACCUACUUCUUCCGAAUUCAAGCAAUGCAUGUCCACUUGGAAUUGAGCAAAACGAAACACCCAUUUGUGCAAAUUUGAAGUGCCCCCUUACAGCUCCUGCCAAGUCAAGGGUGUCAAGGACGGAUUUUAUUUCCUCCUUGUCACACAAGAUGACCGACAAUAACGUGAAAGUUAAACCUCUUUCCAAGGUUGCUGCAACCCCGAACGCUAAGGUGAAGCAAUCACCUUCUGUGGCCAAGGCCUUGACUACACCAAGGAAUCAUCAGAAGAAGGUUUCCAAUGUAGAACAAUUUAGAAGUGUUCAGAGCAAGAAAGCCUUGACUGUUGGUGUGCCUAAGAGCAGAGUGGUGGCGAAGGCUCUUGUUUUUCACUCACCUAAGAAGGCACUAAAGAUCAAGAGUUCUAUAGAAUUGAAAACGGCAAUGAGAACACUGUGUCCAGCAAUGAAUAAGCUUGAACUCAAUGGAGUGAAGAAGAAUGGAGAAGGAGGUAGCAACUCAUUGGCAGUGGCUACCUGGAAAAAACAAUUGAGGGGAAGAGAGGUUAAAAGCCGUGUGUUUGAUUCCUUGUAUUCUAUUAAUCGUAAGGAACCAGAAACCAACACAAAGACAAGUUUGAUGGAGAAGAAAGUAAAAAAAUGCAUGCAGAAACGCCAGGUUGCUGUGCCUCAUGAAACUGACACUAGUGAUAUGGAGAUAGAUGAAAAAUCUAGGUGUGGCUCUCUAGAAGGAUGCCAUGAAUCAGGAACUUCAGGAAGUGGUGGUGAAUUGUCUCUUGGAGAUGAAAAAUCCCAUGAAUCAACAAGAGGAGAGAGUUCAGUUCCAGUUUUGUCAGAAGCUUCUAGAGGUGACAUUACCUGGCUUUCAAGUCUGAACAAUGAAAAGAACGAGACUACAGAAAGGAGUGAAAAAGAAGAGACAAAGAACUCAGUUUCUGAUAAGGGAAAAGUUUCUGAAACCAAGAAGAGAAGGGCUGAAGAAAAUUCAUUGGCUUCUGAUGACAAAGAAAAUGAGAGGCAACUCACUGAGAAUGAUGACAAGGAAAAUGUUUCAGCCCCUCAUGAGAACAUAGAGAUGAGUACCAAUGAUGAUGUGCAAAAAAAAAAGGCUAUUCUUGGGAGCAAACAUGAGGAUUUGAGAAAAACACAAAAGAAAUCUACAUCGACCUCAACUACUCCUCAAGUUCUGAAAUACAGAAAAUUAAAGCCCACAAGUCCUAAGCCUUUUAAGCUGAGAACUGAUGAAAGGGGAAUUUUAAAAGAAGCAAACUUGGAUAGGAAAAUCCCCUCAUCUUUAAAAGAAACCACCGUUAAAGGUAGUGAGUCCAAGGCAAUGAGGAAAUAUCAGAAUGCGAAGCGAACAAGUGAAACUUGUUCCACAAAAAGUGAACAAGUCACUGAUAAUUAUAGCAGCUGUGAUGAGAAAUCAAAACAAACAACACAAGAAAACAAAUCUGGGAGCAUUAAAAGUAACAACUCCAACUGCAAGGUGCAACGUAAAUUAUCUGCUACAACACCUCAUAGAAAUCCUCCUGGUCCUAAACUUCAGAAAGCCAUUGAUCAGGAUGACAAUUUCAAAAGAAAAUCGCAAAUGAUGCAACGUAAAAUUGUAAGGCCUCGGAGUGCUUUGCCAAGGAAGAAAGAAAAAGCUGUCCUUGCAACAAAACUUAGUGUUAUUAUUGAAAAGCCAUCAGAUAUUGUGAAGCCAAAGGAAACAAAGGCACGUAAAAAUGACGCAGCUUCUUCACCUACAAGUACAGGUUCCGUUCACAGGCCUUUUUCACGGGGAAGGAGGGAUUUAACUGUUCCCAAGGAACCAAAGUUUCAGAGUCUACAUGUGCCAAAGGACUGCACCACCAGGAAACACACAUAAGAGCUUCUUCACCUACAAGUAAAACUACAGGUUCCGUUCACAGGCCUUUUUCACGGGGAAGGAAGGAUUUAACUGUUCCCAAGGAACCAAAGUUUCAGAAUCUACAAGUGCCAAAGGACUGUUGGGGGGUGGAGGGAGGGAUGUUGUUCAAUAUAAUCAUUGAAUUUUUAGCAGCUUUGGGAAAAUGGAUUGAUGAUGUGUUGUUGUAACUUGCGAGUUUGUCUAGACUAGACUGUAUGUGCAAACAUGAGAUUUUGUUAACGUGGUGUUUUUAAUUAUGACAAUCAUGAAGAGAACUUUUUGAGUUUAUGCACUGUCACUUGUAAGUUGAGAGAGAUGAAUCAAUUGUAUACUAUUUGAUUUUUAUUUUAUUUUAUUUGUACUUUA